UCAAGAUGGCAACCAAGCACGAUCUGAGGUGGCCACGGCGGUUGCUGUGGGGGUUGUGGCUGGCCCGGGGCGCUCCACAGAGCCCGGGUUCCGGCCUGGGCCUAGAAGGGAGGACUUAUUCCCAGGGCGACGGCCCAUACUCGCGCACGGCGCUCUAUGAACUGCUCGGCGUGCCCACCACAGCCACGCAGGCGCAAAUCAAGGCGGCCUACUACCGGCAGAGCUUCCUCUACCACCCGGACCGCAACUCGGGGAGCGCCGAGGCUGCCGAGCGCUUCACGCGCAUCUCCCAGGCCUACGUGGUGCUGGGCAGUGCCACCCUGCGUCGCAAGUAUGACCGCGGCCUGCUCAGCGACGAGGACCUGCGCGGACCUGGCGUGCGGCCCCCCAAGGCGCCGGUCCGCGACACCGGCUCGCCCCGCCCCCCGCCCCCUGCGUCUCAGGCCCACGGCCGCGGUCAGGCCACCGCGGGCGGCAACCGCACCAUGUUCGACUUUGACGCCUUCUACCAAGCUCACUACGGAGAACAGCUGGAGCGUGAACGGCGCCUCAGGGCCCGGCGAGAGGCCCUACGCAAACAGCAGGAGGACCGGGCCAAGAAGGGCUUCCACGGGGACGAUACCCGAGACGCGACCUUUGUCUUCCUUCUCCUCACGGUCUUCAUCAUCAUGGGCUUUCGUUUUUAAAAGGAGAGAGGAAGAAAGGGAGCAGCCCCCCGCCAGCCCCGAGAAAAUGGCCUUUCCGGUGUUCUUGAACCCUUUGCCUUCCAUAGUCUACCUCUGCGGGGGUCCGGAGAAACUGCUCUCCCCCUCCUGUUCCCCGCCCGCCCAGCUUAGCCGUCCACGUACGCUUCCCUCUCCUACGGUCCAGAAAAGAAGGCUUCUCGAUGCCCAAGAAAGAGGCCCCAAGAAGAAGAGUCCCAAAAGCCCGAGAGUGAAGGGUUUUCUGGAGUCCCUUGGGUGCCUGCUUCCAGAGGUUGCCUUCCUGAUGUCAGCUUCUGGAACACUUGCUCGGGCUUUAUUGUAAAGCUCUGAGCAACAAUUGUCUGCUCCUGCCCCGCGCUUGUACCGUGGGGCUCCUGUGUAACCUUGAACCGUGCAAUGUGACCAAUUGUUGGCUGCCAAAAGAAAAAUUGUGGGGUUGUA